GGGUGACAAGGGGUGGCUGGGGCAGCUGAGGCCGCGGAUGGCGAGGUGGGGUAGUGCUGCUGCGUUGGAGGCAACUGGUGCAGGAGCAACUGGAGAAACCUCAACUGGAGAAACAAGGAACGUAAACACAUGGGUGGGAAGAUGGAGCAACAGCGACAGGAGCAGCACCUGCAGCUGCAGCGACUGGACAACAA